AUGGCUCACCUUUCAUCCAAGCAUCUUCUUCUUGCAGCUGCUGCUAUCUUGUGCAUGGUCAUGCCUUCCUGCAAAGCACAAGAUGCAGUUCAAAUCGUGGCAAGAGCAGCUCUUUGCUUUGAUAACCACACUGUGAUCAACAAUUGCCUGCAUCAAAUGGGGAUCAGCACCAACGGCGGCGGCGCGUCGGGCUUAGGCGUACUGGACAAGAUCCCGGUGAGCCCGAACGCCAGCGCGGUGCUGUGCAACACGCCGUGCUUCGCCCACAUGAUGCUGGUGACGGACUGCGUGGACGGCAUCCUGUCCAACUUCCAGGGAUACAGCUCCGGCCUCAUGCAGGGCAUCCGCGCCACCUUCCAGAUGUCAUGCGGCACUGGCAACGGCACCGCCGGCGAUGCGUCCGACCCUUCCGCCGCGGACCAUGGUGAUACAGUAGAAUGCGCAAAGAAUGGCAAUGCUGCGUCCGGCAAGGUGGCUCGAAAUGUGUCGGCAGGUGCCGCGGCUCCCGCGGCGAACGGUGCGGCCGGCGGACAUCACGUCGGCAACCUCCUAUAG